UAGCUUGAAUGCAGUUAUGAAUUACAGUCAACAUUCAAACAUUAGCAACAGAACUGCUAUUUUUGGAGGCGGUAUGGAUGUAGUCUCCCCGGACCUCCCAGAAGAAUUACGAUUUGCUGCCUACGUUCUCAAUGAGUAUAGCAUCCCCGUGCUUUUUUCGGUGGGAGUGUGCAUGAACAUAGUUAUUAUUAUCAGCUUUCUGUCCACGGAGUUAAACAGAGUGUCGCCUUGCUUGUACUUUGUGGCUCUGGCAUUUGUUGAUAUCACCUAUCUACUGCAAAUGAUGGUCCCAUGGGCCUCAAGGAAGGUCUAUAACAUAUACGCAGUGGCAGGAAUUUGUCAGCUGACCUACUAUUUCCAUUAUCUGAGUACCUUUAUGGAGUGGUGGUUAAUGGUAUUAAUGAUCACAGAAAGGUCGUUGGUACUUCUGAACCGUAAAAAAGCAAAGAUGUUAUGUAGUCCAUUUCGGACAAAGUGUACCAUUAUUUCUAUGUGUGUCUUUUCCGUUGUGUCUCAUUUGUAUUUAACAUGGACCAGUGCCGUGAUAAAAAUAAAAAAUGUUGAUUACUGCAUCAUCAUUCCGGAAAACCUGGAGAACAUAUUCUUACUGAGAAAAAUUGAUGUUUUCUUUUCAUUUAUCCUCCCUUCUCUGUGUGUAUUUGCUCUAUUGACAACAUGCAUCAUCAAACUCUGUGACAAUCGAAGAAAUGGACACAGACGUCCAACACCUAGUCAGAGUAGCCGACGAUCCAACUCUAAUCGGCGUCCGAGCAAUCUAGAACCGGAAGACAGAGGGAUAAUUUACCUUAAAAAGUUUUAUCCUGGAGUGUUCACGGGAAGUGAGAGAUUGACAGUCACGUGCUGUAUUUUGGCGGCCAUUUUUCUUUUCUUAUGUGUGCCUUGUGACUCCCUGAGGACACGACAGACGUUCGAGGAACAGCCGGACUACUUAGACCAGAAGUGGUUAGAGGUUCUCAGUGUCUUCUCCGCCUUUAACUACACCUAUAAAGCCUUUCUGUAUUUUAUCGCCAUUAAGGAGUUUCGGCAAACUAUUUGGAUUCUGUUGAAAAAGAUUAUUUCACCAUGCAGCAAUGCAAAAUUUUCUCUUAAAUUUCAGCUCAUGUAAAAUCAUUGCACAAUCAAAUCUGGAUCUAGACGACUUAGUGUAUUUAGCAAGAUAAUCGCAAUCAUCACCCAUGAUAUCUCUUACCGUCGGUAUUUCUGUGCAACAGACAAUUAUGUAUGAAGCAACCAGAAACUAUAACGAUUUUGUGUUUUUGUAGUCAUUAUUUAGCUUCAUCAUAAUCUAGUAAAGAAAUAAAAAAAUUCAAAUGUAAAAUUAUUCUCCAAUAAAGAUAAGUCUAGUAAUAAAAUAAGAUAUAAAAAUUUUCCUUGAUAUGAUAGUGGUGAAUGUUUCUUUGCAUUUGCGUUAAAUAAAAUUAUAAAGAAG